AUGUCAUAUGCAUACGAUCAAAACCCAUGGCAAGAACAGAAUGGCCCAAAAUAUGGUAAUGCUUAUGAGGAUAGCAACACAGGAAAUUAUGGAAACGCAUAUGGACAACCACAGAUGAAUAUGCCCAUGCCUGGAUUUAGUGCAACCGGCUACAACAAUGCUUGGACAGAAUCGAACAAGACAGAAUACGACCCUGUACCACCACAGAAUGUAACUCCAAAUAAUGCAUAUCAAUAUUCUGGCACGCCAUACGGUAAUCAACCUCAGAAUAUCGGAGGAGCCUAUUCGAAUAUACCUGCAGAGACAACACUGGCCGAACCUAAUAAGGCCAAUAAUGAAAGUACAAGCCCUCCUACGAAUGAUAAACACAGAUCGCCUGACCAAGGACGAUUCUGGUUGUCUCUCAUCACACUUUUGGCUAGUAUAGGACAUCUCGGUUUUGCUGCUGGUGCACGUCCGUAUUCUAAUCAGAAUGUACCCUUUCCAUCAUCUGCUUGCUUUUAUUAUUUGUGGGCAGUGGUAUAUAACUAA